GCUCCAGGACUGGCAGCAUCGCCAGAAUCACCCACUGCCGUCGGUGGGAAGACCAUUGUCCCCCGGGGAGGGAGUGGGGAGCCCCUUCACCGCCACCGUUUGCACCCCAAAAUGCCCCCCAGCCGUAGCCCGGACAUGAUCGGCGGGGGCCACCGCUAGCAUCUUUGGGACCGGUCUCUGCUGCUGCUGCUGCUGCUAUUUGGUCUCCCUGAUGCGCUCCUUGCUGGAAGCUUGGACAGAGCUCCCGCUUUCCUAGGACCAAGGACAAAUCUCGGGGUUCAAGGCCCAGUUUUGGCAAAGCCGGUCCUGCUCUCCUGCUUCCUGGAAAGCCGUGACUCCUGGGGACCCUCCUUGGCUUGGGAAGCUCCGGGCCCGGGAAGUGCACUGAAGCGACUCUUCCUGAGGCUGUUAAUGGAGAAGAGGGCGAAUGACAGCCGGCACCGUGGUCAUCACAGGUGGAAUAUUAGCAACUGUUAUUUUGCUUUGCAUCAUCGCAGUCCUCUGCUACUGUAGGCUUCAGUAUUACUGCUGCAAGAAGGACGAGUCCGAAGAGGAUGAGGAGGAGCCAGACUUUGCCGUGCACUCCCACCUGCCUCCGCUCCACUCCAACCGAGCCGUGGUGCUGACCAAUGGGCCCUCUCUCUACGGCCCCUCCUCCUUCAGCCCAAAGCCCUCCCAGAGCCGCCAGGUCUGCCCCAGCUGCUCCCACUACGAGCCGCCCUCCUUCUUCCUGCAGGAGCCAGAGGAGGCCCAUAACGGUGGAGAGCGCAUCAACUACAAGAACAUCAGCCAGGAAGAUGUGGAGCUGCCCAUGAACCUCAACAACCUGCAGCCCCUCAACCCGAACCGGCUCUCCGCCAUGCGCGAGGCCUUCUCCCGCAGCCGGAGCAUCAGUACUGAUGUCUGAGCCUUGGGGUCCACCCUGUCUCCCCCGUCCUGGGGAGGCUGCUGGGGGCUUUAUGGACAGCUUCACUGCUUUCAUCUAAUGGGGUCACACACAGAGAGAGGUUUCAGAGCAACAGAUGCAUUCGGUCAGGAUCUGGGCCCAGGAAUCAAGAAAGCAGGUGGCUAUUUAAAGGUUUCUUCUCAAAAAAUCAAAAACUAAAAACAGGUUCCUCGCUCCCAAGGUACCCCAGACAGAGGAAAGAUAUCCUAGAUUUGCCCUCUAGACUGAUU